AGCGUAGAUAGAUCGGAGAGGAGUUGAUUUUGAGUAAUGGCGACGUGUAUAGGAGCCCAUCAGCUGCAGCACCUCCUCCGACCUCCAUCCUCUUCUUUACACUUCAUCUUUAAACCCCUUUGCAACAUUGCAACUGCUUCUUCUACUGCUCCUCCCCGUCUACGAAAACCACCUCUUCACACCCAAAUCUUAUUAUUCCGUCCUCACUCAUCGCUUCUUAACUCUCGUCUUUUCUGCAACACCUCCUCCACCUCUUCUUGUUUCGUCUCUCUUCAGACUAGACCUCACGAGGAUGAAUUCGCUCCAGACAACUCUGAAGACGAUCAACCACCACUGCAGCAAGAACCCGUUGAGCUGGAGACUGUUGUCGACAACGGAGAACUCCAACCCAUUAUUAAAUCUUCGGCCGAGUUGCCAAAACUGACUGUUAAAGAAAAAAAGGAGCUAGCUUCUUAUGCUCACAGCCUCGGCAAGAAACUCAAAUGCCAGCAAGUCGGCAAGUCCGGCGUUACUUCUUCAGUCGCUGCUUCAUUCGUCGAAACCCUUGAAGCCAACGAACUCCUCAAGCUUAAAGUACACAACAGCUGCCCAGGUGAGCUAGCUGAUGUGGUGAAGCAGUUGGAGCAAGCAACUGGGUCAGUGGCAGUAGGUCAGAUUGGUCGAUCAGUGAUUCUUUACAGGCCUAGCAUCUCCAAAUUGAAGUUAGAGGAGAAAAAGAAACAGAAUGAAAGACAAAGAGCCUUUAUAAGAAGAGGAUCAACAUUGAGACCUACAGAGCCUAAGAAAGAACAAGUACAGAGAUUAUCUGGUCGUGGUCAUCGUGGAAGUAGCCGGCAUUGAAUUCUUGAUACUGUUUCUGUUGCAUAAUCUGUAGCUGAUCGAUGCUGCCAAUAUGGUAAAAAGAAGAAAGAAAAAAGAAAACAUAAUAGAAUUGUAAUAUUAUUCUUGGGUCUUCUAGAAACAAAAAUCUAUUUGUCAAGGGAACACAUAUUUGGUCAAGUGGGUCUUGGUUCAUUGGUGGUGAAUUCAGUUUAGAAGUUGGUAAGCAAUGGGGAUAGGUGCUAAGCAUGAUUCAAUGAUGUCUCGGUUAUUUAUUUAUGACUUGGCUUGGGCUAGUGUUGCUUGUAAUGUUUUAUACAAAAUGAUGAUAUAGGACUGUUUCUGUCA